CAAACCUUCCCCAUGCCAUCCCAAAAGAUAAUCUCCGCUCUUGCGGAGAUUGAAUCAUCAGCGAGUCCCCAGAACAAACUACAACUUUACAACGACCUUCUCUCCGAAACCGUGUCGGCAUCUCCCGAACCCCAGCUUGCCGACGACCUCAUCUACUACCUUGACUCAGUCCUAAGCGAAGACCUCAGCAUCGUCGCCGCCCGCCCUAUCCUCGACUCCUUCAUCUAUACUCUACGAAAACUGUCCUCCGAGACGCAAAUCAAAGUAGCCCAACAUGCUGUGAAUCUCCUCCAGUCCCGAUCCGCAUCCGUCGAGGAGCAAGACGCCCAAAUCCGCGAGAUCCUAGCAGACGCAUACGAAGCAGAGGAGGAGUACAUCGCAGCUGCAAGAGCGCUCCAGGGGAUUCACAUUGAUAGUUCACAGCGACUAGUCUCUGACUCCGCCAAAGUGAAACUUUGGAUUCGGAUCGUGCGGCUAUACCUUGAGGAAGACGACACAACUAGUGCCGAGGCAUUCCUCAACAGAAUAAAAAACCUGCCGAGCAAGAUCGAAGACCACGAGCUGAAACUGCACUUCCGGCUUUCCCAAGCUCGGAUUCAAGAUGCCCGCAGACGUUUUCUGGACGCCAGUCAGGAAUACUUCGCUGUUAGCCUCGCCGCUGGCGUAGAUGAGAGUGACAGACUCCAAGCCCUUGCGGCCGCUAUCCGCUGCGCUGUCCUCGCACCGGCCGGUCCACAACGCUCCCGCACUCUAGCAACACUGUACAAAGAUGACCGCGCGACCUCCGUUGAAGAAUUCGGCAUCCUGGAGAAAAUGUUCCUCGACCGCCUUCUCACUCCAGAAGAGGUAUCUGCGUUCGCGCAGCGCCUAGCCCCGCACCAGCUCGCACAAACCGCAGACGGAACAACAGUACUUGAUAAAGCUGUUGUUGAGCACAAUCUCGUGGCCGCGAGCAAGCUCUACGAGAACAUAAAGACCGACGCGCUAGGCGCUAUUCUGGGUCUGCAAGCUAGUGGGGAUCUGACGGCUGGUGAGAAGGCCGAAGCGUAUGCAGCCAGAAUGGUAGAACAAGGGCGGCUGAGCGGGAGUAUUGACCAGAUUGAUGGUAUAAUCUACUUCGAGUCAAAUACGACUGCUACGGGGAGACAUAUUCGGCAGUGGGAUGCUGGUGUACAAGGUCUUUCGGAGGGGGUAGAGCGAGUCGCGACUAACAUUGCCGAGGGCCAUCUGGUACGUUGA